AUGGCAUCGCAAGAGAAGCGCCCGUCCGCCGACGAGGAGCGCAAGCUCGAGGGCGGAGAGGCACAGGCCUCCGCGAUCGCGCCUCCUCCGGCCAAGCCAGAGGCGCCAAAGUCGGAUAUCCACCCUGCCUUUUACAUCGCGCUCUGGAUAGGCCUGAGUGCCAGCGUCAUUCUCUUCAACAAAUGGGUCUUGCAUACUGCCAAGUUUGAAUUUCCUUUGUUCCUCACAACAUGGCACAUGGUGUUCGCCACAGCCAUGACCCAAGGUCUGGCCAAGUUCACAAAUGUCCUGGACUCCCGCCACAAGGUCCCCAUGGACACAAACACCUACAUGAAGGCCAUCGUCCCAAUCGGUCUGUUCUUCAGCUUCAGCUUGAUCUGCGGAAAUGUCGCCUACCUGUACCUCUCCGUCUCCUUCAUCCAGAUGUUGAAGGCUCUUAACGCCGUGGUCACACUCCUUGCCACCUGGGCUUUCGCCAUCUCCCCACCCGACAUGAAGAAGUUGGCCAACGUCUCCGCGAUUGUCGUGGGUGUGGUUGUCGCCUCGUACGGAGAGAUCCAAUUCGUCAUGACCGGAUUCCUCAUCCAACUUGCUGGCAUUGUUUUUGAGGCCGUUCGUCUGGUCAUGGUUCAGCGCAUUCUCAGCGCUCCCGAGUUCAAGAUGGACCCACUGGUCUCGCUUUACUACUACGCUCCGGCCUGCGCGGCCAUCAAUGGCGCCUUCACUCUCUUCAUCGAGGUUCCAAAGAUGCACAUGACCGACAUCUACAACGUGGGUGUCAUCACCUUGCUUCUUAACGCUGUUGUCGCCUUCGGACUCAACGUGUCUGUGGUUUUCCUCAUCGGCAAAACCUCCGCUGUUGUCCUCACUCUUUCGGGUGUGCUGAAGGACAUCCUCCUGGUCGUCGCAUCGAUGCUCAUUUUCCGGGAUCCAGUCUCGCCCAUUCAGUUCUUUGGCUACUCCAUUGCUCUCGCUGGUCUCGUCUACUACAAACUUGGCGCUGAUGGGGUCAAGACUUUCGCACGAGACGCUCAGCUCUCAUUGGGCUCGGUUCGCCAGAACCACCCUGCACGUGCGAAGGCUCUCAUCCUCGGUGGUGUCUUUGUGACAUUGAUGAUUGUCACAUGGUUUUUGUGGCCGUCUAUCCCGACCGAAUACAAGAAGGCACCAUUCGGUACCACCAGCUGA